UUCUCCAAAUUUCUCUGAAUGCUCUGAAUUAAAAAAGUGAUUGUUGUGAACGUUGUGAAUAAUAAUGUUUUUUUUAUAUACUUUUCUGAGUUGAAAUUAGUGUUUGAAAUAACAGUCGAUAUUAUUUAAUGAAACGAAUUGACAUAACUAUGUAUAUAUUAAAGUUAAAAAGAAAGUAAUUAUAUGAAAAUAAUAAAAUUAAAAGAAAAUAUCAUGUAGAGUGGUUUGAAAUUUUUUUUGAUUUUUCUUUUUUAUUCAAAAAAAAAAUCAUCCUAUCCUUCUUGCUACACUUGAUUAUUGAUAUUUACAUCUAUUAAAAAUUGAUUUCCAAGAGGACAACAUGUCUGAUUAUGAUGAUUCUUCAAUUAUGUCGGAGUGCAUUGAUAAUGAUGUUCUCCAAGUUAAUUACAUGCCUGAUGAUGAUGAUGAUUUUUUAAUUAUGUCAGAGAGCAAUAGUAAUGAUGUUCCCCAAGAAAACAACAUUGUUGAUGAUGAUUCUUCAGUUACGUCGAGUGGUGAUGAUGUUCUCCAAAUAGACUACAUGUCUGAUAAUGAUGAUGACAAUUCUUCAAUUAUGUCGGAGAGCAAUAGUAAUGAUGUUCCCCAAGAAAACUACAUUGAUGAUGACGAUGAUGAUUCUUCAAUUAUGUCGGAGAGCAAUAGUAAUGAUGUCCCUCAAGUAAACUACAUUGAUGAUGACGAUGAUGAUUCUUCAAUUAUGUCGGAGAGUAAUAGUAGUGAUGUUCCCCAAGAAAACUACAUGUCUGAUGAUGAUGAUUCUACAAUUAUGUCGGAGAGCAACAGUAAUGAUGUUCCCCAAGAAAACAUGUCUGAUGAUGAUGUCAUGGCAGAGUGCAAUGGUAAUGAUGUUUCUAAAAUUUGUGUGAAUGCAAAAGAUUACACCAAUCCUGCACUGAAUACUCCACUAUACUUGGCCGUCCAUUCUGGCGACUUAGACCUCGUUCGCACUUUAAUUAAGGACAUUACCCCGGAAGAAAAAAAUCAAAAACGAUCACUAAUGCAUACAGCGGCAGUUAGAGGACAAGCUGGCAUUGUAAAAUUAUUGUACGAUCUUCACUUUCCAGUCAAUGAUGUAGAUGAUUCCGGCAACACUCCUCUUCAUCUCGCCAUACUCGAAAAUCAUCAAAGUGUAUUUGAUUUUUUUAUGACGAAGAGUACGGUGAACAUAGAUGCUUUAAAUUUAAAGGGCGAAACUCCACUUUACAUUGCGCUGACAAACAAAAAUAUUGAAAUUGCCGAAACUCUUAUAAAAAAUGGUGCUAACGUUAGCAUUCGAGACAAUGGUGGACAGUCACCACUUCACAUUGCCGCCGACAUAAAAUCCUUCAAGCUAGUUGAAAAUAUUCUGAGAAAAGGUGCAGAAGUGAACGUGAUGCAGAACGGCAGGGAUUUGACGCCACUUCAUUUAGCCGCGAGGCAAAAUCAAAUGCAAAUUGUCGAAUUUCUGAUAGAAAACGGAGCAUCAAUAACUGAAGAAGAUAGAAAAGAUCCUCGUGUUCUUAAAUUAAUGAUGCAACCUCUUAAUUACGCGAUUAGGAACAGAAACAUGAAAAUGGUUCAACUACUAAUGAUGAAUGAAUUCAAUGCCAUUGAUGUCGAGGAUUACGCCGGAGAAACCCCCCUCUCAUUAGCCGUAAACAACAACGAUUUUCAAAUGCUCAAGUAUCUGAUACAACACGGCAGGACAAUAAAUCCAAAAAUAGAAAUCAACACGUGGCGAAAAUUUCACGACCUCCAAUCGGAGAAUUUACUGAAACGAUCACUUUGUACCGGUAGUUUGGAAAUUUGGAAAUAUUUAUUACAGUGCAGUACGAAAAUCGAUGGAAUUAUGAUCUCAUCCUUUCAUUCAGCAAUACGAGAGGGAAAUUACGAGAGAGUGAAGGAAAUGAUAAAAACCGAGGACGAUAAGUACUCGAUUAAUGGUCGUCUAGCCGUUUACAUGGCAGUCGAGUGUCAAGAGGAGGAAAUUUUGAAAUUACUCCUAGAAGAGGGUUACUCCUUCGAAAGUUGUUUCAAUGACAAAAGUCCUAUUCACACUGCAGCGACAUUCGACCACCCCCGAUUAGUCCAGCUACUCAUGAAAUUCGGCGCCGAUCUAAACUCAAUAACAAUUAACAAACAAACACCCCUACAUUUCGCGACAGCUGCCGGACAAUUAAAAGUCGUCGAAUUCCUCCUCAACGCCGGAUGUGAUUUCAAAAAAUACAAAAACUACAACUCACCCCUAACCUUUGCAAUCUGUCGGGGUCACGAGACAGAAAGCAUCUGGGUCCUAACACCAACGGUUUAUCAAAACAUUCUCAAAAUUACCGAACUGUUACUAAUCGCCGGAAUCAAUGAUCGAACAAACGAUGACAUUUACGACGAGCUAUUACACUCGGCAACAAAAAUAAGAGUAGCACAAGACGAAAUAGUCGAAAACAGUGAAAACGAACUAAUCGAACUUUCCAACGAUGAUAAAUCCAUCCCUUAUAUUGGAAAUAAAAUAUUUAUCUGCUUAUUAAAUUACUUGAGCAAUGGAGAAAUUAAACGCCUAUCAAUGUCAAUAGCACAGACCUAUGAUUUUAAUCACUAUCCCCUCGAGUUUAUUCACCUUAUUUUGGAGUACAACGAAUACGAUUUAGAAUUAUCAGAAAUCUAUUUGUGGAAUAUCAACUGUUUCGAGAAUUAUCUACUUAUAAUCGGUCACAUUGGAAGAUUCUACAAAUACCCGAAAUAUAGAAUUGAACAAAUUUUAAGAAACGAAUUUAUCAUGUCGAAAAAUUAUAAAAGACGAGUGAAAAUGUUAGUUGCGAGAUUUAUCCUACUGUCCAAUGAUUCUUAUUCGGAGAGUGAAGAGAAAUUUUACAAGGAAUAUAAACUUUAUGAUUGGUGUCAUGAAUGCGAGAGACAGAUAUUUUUUAUGAAGGAAUCGGAGAUUGUGAAUGAUUGCAGUAUUACAUUCUACGAUAUUUUAACGCAUUCUGUCGAUAGAGUUGCACUUUACAUAAGAAAUGAGAAUUUACUUCGAGUUCUUGAAUCGGCCUACAUGAAUUUUCCGGCAUAUGCCGAUUUUUUGAGAUUGAGCGUCGAUAAGGGUAAGAGACGAAGAGAUUUAGUUGACGAAUGCAUUAAUUGUAUGUUUAGUAUGAUUAGACGGAAUUAUAAUAUUCAGUUUACAACUGUUGAUAUUGUGAAAAUUUUCGAUUAUCUUUCGGUUGUUGAUCUGCGACGUUUGUUAGGAGCAUUUUCUUAAUUUUUUUUUUAAAAGGACCCUUAAUUUUAACUUUAAUAGUAUUUUUAUAUUUAGUGCCAAUUUUUUCCAGAAGUCCUAUUUAGAAUGUUUAAAAGUUGAAAAAAAGAAACUAUUUUUUAAAUUGAAAUUGUGAAACAUGUCUUUUGUUUUGUGAAAUAAAGAAAUUUUCUAUUUGUUUAUUA